AGUCAACAGUUUGAAUAAGGCGAAGUUACAAGCUACACAAGCGACAUUUGGGAGUUCUUCGAUACUAGCGAUCGAGAAGCGUUUCUCUAUUGUGAUUCUCAACGUUGUGAAAUUUUGUUUGUAUUGAUUUGAAGAAGAUGUCUAUGCUACCGUACGUGUUUAAUUAUGACUUGCCCGUCAUACCCAGACGUUUGUUUGACCAAGAUUUCGGCUUGGCGUUGACUCCGGACGAUGUACUCAUAUCUGCAGUUUCUCCCUUACACUCUCGCGAUUACUAUAGACCGUGGCGUCAACUGGCUGCUGCAGCAAGAGACCAAGGAUCCAGUAUCAAGUCUGACAAGGACAAAUUCCAAAUUAAUAUAGACGUUCAACAUUUCGCACCGGAAGAAAUCUCCGUCAAAACUGCGGAUGGUUUCAUUGUAGUUGAAGGCAAACACGAGGAGAAAAAAGACGAACAUGGUUACAUUACUCGUCAGUUCGUGAGAAGAUAUGCUUUACCUGAAGGUUGCCGAGCGGAUUCUGUAGAAUCUAAGCUAUCUUCAGAUGGAGUAUUGUCAAUUAUCGCCCCGCGUCAACCUCGAGCAGUAAAAGGUGAACGACCAGUCCCUAUUCAGCAAACUGGACCGAUCAGAAAGGAAAUUAAGGACCAAGGACCGCAAGAAAAUAAAGUAGCUAAGAAAUAAACAACCCUCGAACUCUUUUGUCUACAAAUCCUAAAGUACCUACAUAAUUAAAGACUGAUUAAAUUGAAAUAACCU